AUGGCGUAUCUGCCCCUGAGGUGCGCUAUUCUUCCAGUGGUGUGCACGGUGACGGGCUCCACGGUGAUCGGUUUCCACGGAGCAGUGCACUCUGUCCAGGAUCGCUGUGCCUACAGUCUGAUGGAGUCUGAAGGCAGCGCCAGCUUCAACCUCAUGGCCGCUUUCAGGGAGCGCCGGCGUACAGAUGUUCCUCUUCUGGACCACCUGAUCCUGUCGCUGCCAGGUGUGACCAUGUAUCUGGAGCAAGGAGGAAGAGUUCGGGUUGGUGGUGAAGCCCUGGUGCUCAGCAGCACAGCUCAGCUGAUGCACGGCGUGGAGCUCUCCAAGGACCAGACUGGAGUCACUGCUAAGUUCCCGUCCUCCAACAUGACUCUCUUCUUUGAUGGCAACAGCGCACAUGUGACAGGACUUCCUGAAGCUGUAGAGGGUUUGUGUGGCAGCCCCUCCAACUCCAGGUGGACCACCACCCCGACUGCAGAGAAGUCCUCUAUCAGCCUCCCUGGCUGUGAGAUUCAAUACCAGGACUCAGUCGACAGCGCCAUCAACUGCAACCGCUCCACCGACCACUGUAAUCUCAUGAGGCAGCCUCCCUUCUCCGCCUGUCACGAGCACACCGACCCAGAGCCGUACAUCAGCGCCUGCACACACACUCUGUGCAGAUACCCGUUAGUGGAUGGGGUCGACUGCCACUUUUUGGAGGCUUACGCCAAGGCCUGCAGCCUGGAAGCCAACGUGACCCUGGAGGACUGGAGGUCAACUUCUGGCUGCUUGUCGGUGUGUCGUUGA